GGCGAGGGGGGAGCCGGCGGCGGGGUCUGAGUCAGGUAGAAGAGUCGAUAAAACCACCUGACCAAGGAAAAGGAAGGCACAGCGGAGCGCAGAGUGAAAACUCCCAGCCGCGAGGCGCGGGCAGCGACCCCUGCAGCGGCGGAGCGCGCCCGGCCCGGCCAUGCCUGCGCUCUGGCUGAGCUGCUGCCUCUGCUUCUCGCUCCUCCUGCCUGCAGCCCGGGCCACCUCCAGGAGGGAAGUCUGUGAUUGCAACGGGAAGUCCAGGCAAUGCAUCUUUGACCAGGAACUUCAGAGACAGACAGGAAAUGGAUUCCGCUGCCUCAACUGCAAUGACAACACUGACGGCAUCCACUGUGAGAGGUGUAGGGCAGGAUUUUACCGACAGAGAGAAAGAGACCGCUGUUUACCCUGCAACUGUAACUCCAAAGGUUCUCUCAGCGCUCGCUGUGACAACUCUGGACGGUGCAGCUGUAAGCCAGGUGUGACAGGAGACAGGUGUGACCGAUGUCUGCCCGGCUUCCACACACUCACUGAUGCCGGGUGCACCCAAGACCAAAGGCUCCUAGACUCCAAGUGUGACUGUGACCCAGCUGGCAUCUCGGGGCCCUGUGACUCGGGCCGCUGUGUCUGCAAGCCUGCUGUCACCGGAGAGCGCUGUGAUAGGUGUCGACCAGGUUACUAUCACCUGGAUGGGGGAAACCCUGAGGGCUGUACUCAGUGUUUUUGUUAUGGGCAUUCUGCCAGCUGCCGCAGCUCUGGGGACUACAGUGUCCAUAAAAUCACCUCUGCCUUCCAUCAAGAUGUUGAUGGCUGGAAGGCUGUCCAAAGAAAUGGGUCUCCUGCAAAGCUCCAUUGGUCACAACGCCAUCGGGACAUAUUUAGCUCAGCACGACGAUCAGAUCCUAUCUAUUUUGUAGCUCCUGCCAAAUUUCUUGGGAAUCAACAGGUGAGCUAUGGGCAAAGCCUGUCUUUUGACUACCGUGUGGACAGGGGAGGCAGACACCCAUCUGCCCACGACGUGAUCCUGGAAGGUGCUGGUCUACGGAUCACAGCUCCCUUGAUGCCACUUGGCAAGACACUGCCUUGUGGGCUUACCAAGACUUACACAUUCAGAUUAAGUGAACAUCCAAGCAGUAACUGGAGCCCCCAGCUGAGUUACUUUGAGUAUCGGAGGUUACUGCGGAACCUCACAGCCCUGCAGAUCCGAGCUACCUAUGGAGAAUACAGUACUGGGUACAUUGACAACGUGACCUUGAUUUCAGCCCGCCCUGUUUCCGGAGCCCCAGCACCCUGGGUUGAACAAUGUGUGUGCCCUGUUGGGUACAAGGGGCAGUUCUGCCAGGAUUGUGCUGCUGGCUACAAAAGAGAUUCAGCCAGACUGGGACCGUUUGGCACCUGUAUUCCGUGUAACUGCCAGGGGGGAGGGGCCUGCGAUCCAGACACAGGAGAUUGUUAUUCAGGGGAUGAAAAUCCUGACUUCCCUGAGUGUGCUGACUGCCCCAUUGGUUUCUACAAUGAUCCACACGACCCCCGAAGCUGCAAGCCGUGCCCCUGUCACAAUGGCUUCAGCUGCUCCGUGAUGCCCGAGACAGAGGAGGUGGUGUGCAAUAACUGCCCCCAGGGGGUCACUGGUGCCCGCUGUGAGCUCUGUGCCGAUGGCUAUUUUGGGGACCCCUUCGGGGAACGUGGCCCAGUGAGGCCUUGUCAGCCAUGUCAGUGCAACAACAAUGUGGACCCCAGUGCCUCUGGGAACUGUGACCGCCUCACAGGCAGAUGUCUGAAGUGCAUCCACAACACAGCCGGUGUCCACUGCGACCACUGCAAAGCAGGCUACUUCGGGGACCCCUUGGCUCCCAACCCAGCGGACAAGUGUCGAGCUUGCAACUGCAACCCAGUGGGCUCGGAGCCUGUGGAGUGUCGAAGUGAUGGCAGCUGCGUUUGCAAGCCAGGCUUUGGUGGCCUCAACUGUGAGCGUGAAGAAUCAACCAGCUGUCCAGGUUGCUAUAAUGAAGUGACGAUUCAGAUGGAUCAGUUUAUGCAGCAGCUCCAGAGCCUGGAGGCCCUGAUUUCGAAGGCUCCAGGUGGCGGUGGAGCCGUACCCAACACAGAGCUGGAAGGCAGGAUGCGGCAGGCUGAGCAGGCCCUUCAGGACAUUCUGAGAGAAGCCCAGAUUUCAGAAGGUGCUAUUAGAUCCCUCAAUCUCCAGUUGGCCAAGGCAAGGAGUCAAGAGAAUAGCUACCGGAACCGCCUGGAUGACCUGAAGAUGACUGUGGAAAGAGUUCGGGCCCUGGGCAGUCAGCAUCAGAACCGAGUUCAGGAUACUCGCAGGCUCAUCACCCAGAUGCGCCUGAGCCUGGAGAAAAGCGAGGCUUCCCUGCAGAACACCAACCUUCCUGCUUCAGAACUCUACGUGGGGCCAAAUGGGUUUAAAAGUCUGGCUCAGGAGGCCAUGAGAUUGGCAGACAGCCACGUUGAGUCAGCCAGUAACAUGGAGCAACUGGCAAAGGAAACUGAGCAAGCACUAUCACUGGCGCGCAACGCUCUGGGUGACGGAGGUGGAAGCGGCAGCCUGGACGGCGCCAUGGUGCAAGGGCUUAUGGGAAAAUUGGAAAAAACCAAGUCUCUGGCCCAGCAGUUGUCUAGGGAGGCCACUCAAACGGACCUGGAAGCAGAUGGGUCUUAUCAGCAUAGUCUCCGCCUUCUCAAUUCCGUGUCUCAGCUUCCGGGAGUCAAUGGUCAGUCCUCUCAGGUAGAAGCAAAGAGGAUCAGACAAAAAGCUGAUUCUCUCUCAAGCCUGGUGACUAAGCAUAUGGAUGAGUUCAAGCGUGUGCAAAGUGAUCUGGGAAACUGGGAAGAAGAAACCCAGCAGCUCUUACAGAAUGGAAAGAAUGGGAGACAGAAAUCAGAUCAGCUGCUUUCUCGUGCCAACCUUGCUAAAAGCAGAGCCCAAGAAGCACUAAGUAUGGGCAAUGCCACUUUUUAUGAAGUUGAGAAUAUCUUAAAGAAUCUCAGAGAGUUUGACCUGCAGGUCGGAGAUAGAAAAACAGAAGCUGAAGAGGCCAUGAAGAGACUCCCCUACAUCAGCCAGAAGGUUGCAGAUGCCAGUGACAAGACCAAGCGAGCAGAAGUAGCCCUGGGCAGUGCUGCUGCCGACGCCCAGAGGGCAAAGAAUGCAGCCAAGGAGGCCCUGGAGAUCUCUGGCAAGAUAGAACAGGAGAUAGGGAGUCUGAACUUGGAAGCCAAUGUGACAGCAGAUGGAGCCUUGGCCAUGGAGAAGGGGCUGGCCACUGUGAAGAGUGAGAUGAGGGAAGUGGAAGGAGAGCUGGCAAGGAAGGAGCAGGAGUUUGACAUGGAUACGGACGCAGUGCAGAUGGUAAUUACAGAAGCCCGAAGAGUUGAUAACAGAGCCAAGAAUGCUGGAGUUAUGAUCCAAGACACACUCAACGCAUUGGACGGAAUCCUACACCUAAUAGACCAGCCUGGCAGUGUGGAUGAAGAGGGGCUGAUCUUAUUGGAGCAGAAGCUUUUCCGAGCCAAGACCCAGAUCAACAGCCAGCUGCGGCCCUUGAUGUCAGAGCUGGAAGAAAGGGCACGUCGGCAGAGGGGCCACCUCCUUUUGCUGGAGACAAGCAUAGAUGGGAUUCUGGCUGAUGUGAAGAACCUGGAGAACAUCAGGGACAACCUGCCCCCAGGCUGCUACAAUACUCAGGCUCUUGAGCAACAGUGAAGCUGCCACAGAGAUUUCUCAACUGAGGUUCUUGGGAUUCAGACCUCAGGGCUCAGGAGCCCUCAUGUGGGUGGG